AUAUUUUUUUCUGAUAAGUUGAGACUCAAACAAAGGAUAAUAAGAAAGUCCCGCCCCAAUUCCCUAUUUCCGAACAUGUUUAUGGGAACGGUAGAACCUUAUCCCGACCCGCCUGUUUCCAUUCGCUUCCGGAGCGUUGCUCCUCCAACCUUCAAAAACCCGAUUUUCCUUAAAACCACCAAAACUUUGAGCCAAAUCUAACGCUCCAUAUGCUAUACACGUCAUAUGCUACAACCAGCACAUCGCCCCAUCCCAGGAGACCUUAUCCUGCGCACGCUCAUUAUUAACACUUACACACACUUCUCUUUCAUCUGUCUCCGUUAUGGCCGCCGAGUUGCAUCCGCCGGAAGGUCCCAUCACCACUAUCUCCACCAAUGUUGUCACAGCAACUACAGCGGUUAUAGCACCUGCGGAACCCGAGAACGCCAGCCCACCACCGCAGGUCCCGAAACGGCAACGCCGACCCAGCGUACGUCUUGGUGAGAUCGGAGACCAAUCGACUGCUUUCUCCUAUGACUUGCACGUUCGCCGCCCCAAGCACCCCUGGCGUCUCCCUAAAGACUCAUCUAAAUCCGUCAAGGCCCGGUCUUUAACCAACCUCGUUAACGGCAAUGAUAGCUAUGAAAUCCAAGAACCAGAGGGAAACAAUCAUAACGGUGACGUAAAUCUUGAGUUUGGGCACCGUAAAAAAGCGAAAAGAGUGACGACGAAGAGAGUGAGAUCUAAUUGGAUAUCGAAGGUCGAGGAAGGAGGGGCUGAGGAAGAUAGUAGAGAAGAUGGAGACGAAGGGUUUAGGGAUUUUGAUCAGGACUCGGAUAGUCCGUUAAAGGAACAGAGCCCGGUCGAUUCUCUGGAUAACGUUGCGCUUGAUAUGUGGCACAGGCACCGGCGAACUGGCACGGGUCGGCCUAGGGUUUCAGAGAGUAGGGAAAACGACGCAUUGGAAAUGGAUAAUUUUCUGGAAUCGGAUUCCAGGGACCGAAAUUGCAGUACGAGCGAAGGAGUGAGGACGUGGCUAAUUGAAUUGGGGUUGAGCCGAUAUGCACCGGUUUUUGAGGUUCACGAGGUGGAUGAUGAGGUAUUGCCAUUGCUAACCUUGGAGGAUCUUAAGGAUAUGGGAAUAAAUGCUGUGGGUUCCAGGCGGAAACUGUACUCUGCAAUUCAGAAGCUUCGCAAGGGGUUUUCGUGAGUUUUUUUUUUGACAUAUUUUUGUUAUAAAAUAUGUAACUUAUUUAAUCAUAAAAGGGGGGAAAAUAUGGGUAUGGAUGAAUUGUGAUCUUUCUAACUACUAAUGGGAGUAUAGUUUUGUAACUUUUGUUGUGAGGUGUUAAUGUUUGGUACUCUAUCCUGCCUUUUCAUAUACAUGAUUGAAAAUUGCAAUUGCUUGAUUAAUUAA